UCAUCUCCUUUCCUUUCUAUAUGUUUAAAACUCAAGAAUAGAGGGUAAGGGUUUCAUUUUUUUCACAACAUAAUUACACCAACUGGAGGGUAACUCCAUCUCCGGCCACCUCACAUCCGGCGUCGGCGACCCCACUUUCGGGCUGCUCUACCAUCGGCUCUAAUUCAGCUUCGGGAGAAUCUGACAACCUGAGCUUACACAAACAAGGACAAUAUGCAGGCAAGUGACAGGUUUAACAUCAACUCACAACUUGAGCAUCUGCAAGCUAAGUAUGUUGGAACAGGACAUGCGGACAUGAACAGAUUUGAAUGGGCUGUUAAUAUCCAGCGAGACAGUUACGCAUCUUAUGUUGGCCACUAUCCCAUGCUUGCUUAUUUUGCUUUGGCGGAAAAUGAAUCAAUAGGGAGAGAACGCUACAAUUUUAUGCAGAAAAUGUUGUUGCCGUGUGGACUUCCACCAGAAAGAGAAGAAGAGUAAUGGCGUCAAGUUUUCCAUGCCGUACUGAUCUUUUGGGUUGAGCUGGGAGAUUGGCGGAUGCUUUUAGGUUGAUAUGCAGCGAGAGAAAAAAAAAAUCCCGUUAAUAUGUGGUUACCAUUGCUAGCUGUGUGUAGGUUGGACAAGAAUGUUGAAUUGGCUGAAAAGGUUGUCAUGCAUAUGUGAAUUUGUUAGUGAGAAUGUCGUAUUUUCUGUUAUCAAAUACAUAUUCGUCAAUUGGACCAUAUACAGAUGCAGCAAAUGUGAGAUGUAUGUUGAGGAAAAAAAAAACAAUGAACAGUAAAGAACCUGCUUAUAGUUGCUGGAUUGAAA